GGUUUUCCAGUGCAGCCCAGAGAAGGCUGCUGAGUGCCUGGCCAUGGUGGAUGAAGGGCAUAGUGUCAUUCAGGCUGAAGAGAUGCUUAUGGCGUCCAGCACGCAGCCUUGGAAACCAUGGAGAUGCCUCCGAUGGAUAGUCAAAGAGUGUGUGCAGAGGGCGGUCUCUGGGGUGAGCUGUGUGCUGGGGCUCCAUUGGCUGUGUUAUGUUGCUCUGGGAGUUAUCAUGGCCCUCAUCAGCUUCGCCAUGAACCUCACUGUGUCCAAGCUCAUCCGAGCUCACCAGUGGCUGUACGCUCAGCUGGAGGAUCAUGUGCUGCUGCAGUACCUCUGCUGGAGCCUGUACCCCGCCUCCCUGUGUGCCCUCUCCACCAGCUUCUCACACAGCAUCUGCCCACAGUCCGCAGGCUCUGGCGUCCCGGAGGUGCGGUGCAUGUUGGCUGGCGUGGAGCUGCCAGACUACCUGUCCAUGCCACACCUGUUCGCCAAGCUGGUGGGCCUCACCUGCGCACUGGCGGCUGGCAGCACCGUUUUCCUGGGCAAAGUGGGUCCAUUUGUCCACUUAUCCACCAUGCUGGGAGCGUACUUACACAGCCUUUGUACUUCUGCAGCCGGCGAGGAAGAGCAGAGGCCCAAACAAGAGAUGCUGGUGGUGUCUGCUGCCGUCGGGGUGGCAAGCUGCUUUGGAGCCCCCGUCAGUGGAGUGCUAUUCAGUGUGGAGGUGAUGGGCAGCCAUUAUGCGGUGAGAGAUUACUACCCCAGCCUGCUGGCCGCGGCCUGCGGGGCACUCACCUUCCGCCUGCUAUCUGUCCUUAGUAGGGAGCAGGAGACUGUGCAGGCGUUGUUCAAAACCUCUUACUCCUCCAACCUGCCUUUUCAACCUAUAGAGAUACUGGCCUUUGCCGCUCUGGGGUUGCUGUGUGGCGCUUUGGGCUGCCUCUAUUUGUUCUGCCAUCGCUGGGUCCUGCAGUUCGUGAGAAGCAACGCAUUCCUCUCCAAAAUCAUUGCCACCGAGAAGGCUCUGUAUUCAGGUGGCAUUGUAUUCCUCCUGGCAUCUGCAACAUUCCCGUUUUCUGCGGGAUAUUUCAUGGCUGCCAAGCUCUCCAUGAGCCAGCUCCUCUCCUCACUCCUGGAGGAGACUCAGUGGAACACGGCAUCCCAGAAUGCAUCUGUGCCGCGGGGGGCCGGAGCUGGAGAUUUGCUUUGGCAGGCUUGGAGUCCAUCCGGAACCACCAUCUUCGUCACGCUCUUGCUCUUUCUUUUCAUGAAGCUCUGGAUGCUGGUCUUGGCGUGUACUCUGCCCCUUCCUGCUGGAUAUUUCAUGCCUGUCUUCAUCUAUGGUGCCGCGGUGGGCCGCUUAUUGGGUGAGGGCUUGACUCACGUCUCCACAAAUGGGAGCCACUCGCAGGGGACGGCAUCCGCCAUAAACCCAGGGGGCUACGCUUUAGCCGGGGCCGCUGCCUUCUCCGGUGCAGUGACUCACUCCCUCUCACCCGCUCUGCUGGCGCUGGAGCUGACUGGCCAGCACACCCACGCCGUGCCCGUCCUGCUUGCCACCUUGCUGGCCAACGCGCUGGCACGCGCCCGCCACCGCCCGUCCUUCUACGACAACAUCGCCAUCGUCAAAAAGCUGCCACACCCUCCAUCGCUGGUCAAGACCUGCCCAACGCUGUUAUCUGUGCGGCUGGGGCAGGUCAUCAGAGCGCCCAUGACUGUACUGGAGAGCCAGUCAGGGUGGACCGCCGUCCAGCAGCUUCUCCACUCAAGCCCCGCAGAGAGCACAUUUCCAGUAGUGGACUCUCACGAGUCCGGGGUCUUGCUGGGCUCCGUGAGCAGACUGCAACUGGAGGCUUUUCUGGAUAGUCACAGGGAUGGGGGACUGACUAAAACCCUGGCGGAUCAAUGUUCUUUUCAGCCGUUGAAAAUCCAGAUAUCUACGGAUGCCACACUGAAGCAGGCAUACUCUGUGCUAACUGCCGUGCGUGAGAAGUGUUUGUUUGUGACUGACAGAGGGAGGCUUGCCGGGGUCAUCACUUGGCCGGAGAUCAAAAGAAUAAUGGAAGAAUUUAGCCAAGCCGCAACAACGCCACAUCACUAAACUGCUGAGAGGAUGAAAUCCAAUCACAUCCCCGCAACCUUGUCAUUAUCAUACAGUUAUAAUUUCAUUUCCACCGAGAGCUCUCUGAAGAAGCAACAAAUAACAAACAAACACACACACACACACACACACACACACAC